ACAGACCGGGAGCGCAUGGAGCCGCGGCCCCGCCGGCACCGCAGCCGAGCCCCGCGCACGGCCCCCGGAGCUCCGAGCCGCCGCUCCGAGCCGCGCUCUCACUGACGGACCCCCGCGCCCCAUUCUGCCGAGCUCCAUCGCACGGAUCCCCGGACUCCACGGCGCGGACCCCGCAUCCCASCACGCCGGGAUCCACCGCACGGACGGCGCUACACCGAGCUCCAUCCACGGCGCGGAGCGCACGGCGCGGAGCCCCGGAGCCCCCCGCAUCCCGCUCCGAGCGCGGCCGGCCCCCGUGGCGGGGCAUGGCACCGGGGAGCCGGCCCGGGGCGGCCCUGCUGCCGCUGCUGCUGCCGCUGCUGGUGCUGCCCGCGGCGGGCGGCGGGUGCGCGGCGGAGGGCGGCCCUCUGGAGCCCUUCGAUGCGCUCUACGCCAGCGGAGUGGAGGCGUACUACGGCGGGGAUUUCGCGGGCGCGGCGCGGUGCCUGGAGCGGGCUCUGCGCAGCCGGCGGGAGCUGCGGGCGGCGCGGCUGCGGUGCCGGAGGCUGUGCCGGGCGCAGGUGCGGCUGGCGGCUCCGGGCCCGGGAGCCGGCGGGGAUCUGCCGUUCUUCGGCUCGGUGCUGCGGCGAGCGGACUGCGUGCGGCGCUGCGAGGAGCCGCGCCUGGGRGCCGUGUCCCGCCACCGCGCCGCCGAGGAGGUGCGCGCAGACUUCCAGCGCAGGGUGCCCUACAGCUACCUGCAGCGMGCCUACAUCCAGCUGAACAAGCUGGAGGAGGCAGCAAACGCAGCUCACACCUUCUUCAUGGCCAACCCUGAGCACAUGGAGAUACAGCAGGACCUUGAGAACUACAAGAGCACGGCAGGGAAGGUCAGCUUGAUUGACCGGGAGGCCAGGCAGCACAUGGAGGAUUACAGUGCUGGGGUGAGGCACUACGACAAGGAGGAGUACGAGCUGGCCAUUGAAUUUUUGGAGCGUGCCUUGAAGGGAUACUACUCCGAGGAUGAGGAUUGCCAGAUCAUGUGCGAGGGACCGCAGAGAUUUGAGGAGCACGAGUACCUGGAUUACAAGGCUGGUCUCUAYGAAGCUAUUGCAGAUCACUACAUGCAGGUGCUGCUCUGCAAACACGACUGUGUCCGAGAGCUCGCCACGCGUUCGGGCCGCAUCUCRCCCAUCGAAAAUUUCCUUCCCCUCCACUAUGACUAUCUGCAGUUUGCCUACUACCGAGUCGGUGACCAUGUCAAAGCCCUGGAGUGUGCCAAGUCCUACCUGCUCUUCCACCCCGACGAUGAUGAUGUCCUGGAGAACGCAGCUUAUUACGAGGGUCUCUUGGAAGGCACGCUGGAUCCAGCCACCAUCAAACCCAGAAAGGAAGCAAGGAGGCUGCUGCGGCGCCACAAGCUGGAAUCCCAUCUCCUGCAGGUGGCUGCGGCCGGUCUGGGAUACGCCUACACGGAGCCGAACUACUGGAACAGGUACGGCGCCCGCCAGGACGAGCACAGUGUCCCCUCGAGUAUCAGCAGUGARCCAGAGGAUGGGCCCCGGCUGUCCCUGACAAAGAAACCCAUGCCAAAGCCAGAUCGAGAGCUGAAGGAGGGGGGCCCUCUUCUCUACAGCGACGUGAAGUUUGUCUACAACUCGGAGCAGCUGAACGGCACGCAGCGAGUGCUGCUGGACAACGUCAUCUCAGAGGAGCAGUGCCGUGAGCUGCACAGGGUGGCCAGCGGGAUCAUGUUGGCUGGAGAUGGUUACCGGGGCAAAACCUCCCCCCACACCCCCAAUGAGAGAUUUGAAGGAGCCACAGUCCUCAAAGCCCUCAAGUAUGGCUACGAGGGCCGUGUCCCGCUGAAGAGUGCCCGCCUGUUCUACGACAUCAGCGAGAAGGCUCGCAGGAUCGUCCAGUCCUACUUCCAGCUCAACUCCACGCUCUACUUCUCCUACACACACCUGGUGUGCCGCACCGCCCUGUCCGGCCAGCAGGAGAGGAGGAACGAUCUGAGCCAUCCCAUCCAUGCUGACAACUGCCUCUUGGACCCCGAGGCCAACGAGUGCUGGAAGGAGCCUCCUGCCUACACCUUCCGGGAUUACAGCGCCCUCCUGUACAUGAACGCGGAUUUCGAAGGCGGYGAGUUCAUUUUCACCGAGAUGGACGCCAAAACUGUCACGGCCUCCAUCAAGCCCAAGUGUGGCAGGAUGAUCAGCUUCUCGUCGGGCGGGGAGAACCCCCACGGGGUGAAGGCGGUCACCAAGGGCCARCGCUGCGCUGUGGCGCUCUGGUUCACCCUGGACCCUCUGUACAGAGAGCUGGAACGAAUCCAGGCAGAUGAAGUGAUUGCAAUGUUGGACCAGGAGCAUCUAGGACCCAGUGAAAUGAACAUCAACCCAAAGGAUGARCUAUGAACUAGGCCAAAGACUUUUUCUAUUAAAUAUUUAUUUAAUAUUGUUAAUCUUAUUAGAACCUUUCUAUUUUUGUACAGAGAUGCUGUAUAAAUUAACAGGUUAAUAUGAUUGUGGAGUUUCAGGAGUGUCUUUUUUUUUGUUCAGCACAGUUUUUGCUGGAACCCUCAUCACUGUGCCAGCAUCUCCUGGUGGGGCUGACCCUGCUUCCAUCAUWCCCUGUUCUUCUCUAGCACUUCUCAGGACUCAUUCAGGCUCRCUCUAUCUCUUGGAGAACCUAUUUUUUUUUUYUAUUUUUAUGUCUCAACCAAAAAUAGCUGCUUCUCUAGCAUCUGCUGGAGAAAUGCCUCAGGUGUCCUCAUGCACUGGUCUUCCUGCUCCUUGCUGCUAGGGGAAACUGGAGCACAAAAACUGGAGCAAUGACCAACCCUCACCAUUUGAAAUACGCUUUUCAGGGGAAGAAACAAAGGAAAACCAAAGUCCUAGCAAAAUGGAGAUAUCUGUUGCCAUGCAAAGCUGGUGUUUGGGCAUUAAUUCUGAGCAGAGCUUUUGGAAAUCAGCUGCAGAGCAGGGGCAUGAAGGARUGUGAUUUGCAGCUGACUCUGGUGAAAUAUGGUCUGUCCCUCAUGUUCAGUCCCUUCACUUGAUAAUGGCCUAGAAACAUGAAGGAAGCUGCUUCACACUGCAUCCUUUGAGCUUCUUGCAUGGUCUGCUGCUGGUAGAACCCAGAGUUUGUGGCCAUAAUUGCCAAGUCCCAGUUGGAAAGCAGCUGAGGAGGUCACAGUGCCGUGGAGUUGGAUGGUCAGRGUGCACYGCUCCCMCUGUC